UUCUCAUUUGUCCAUUUGUGUCAAAAGUGCUAAACAUGGCGGCGGACGGUGACGAAGUGAUUAGUGAUCAGGAAAAAGUUAGAAUCGUUUCAGAUUUUAUCCUCCAUUCGCCGCCCGGUGAAUUCAACGAAGUAUUUAACGAUGUGAGGGUGCUAUUGAACAACGAUAGCCUACUCAAGGAAGGCGCAAGCGGGGCGUUCUCACAGUACAACAAGGACCAGCUCACGCCCGUGCGGCUGGACGAGGUGGAGCUGCACACUCUAGUGACCGAUCACAACGAGCUAAGCGGAGGACGGUUCUUCGACCCGCGAAAUAAGCGCUCGUUCAAGUAUGAUCACCUACGUAAGGAGGCGUCGGAGUAUGAGCCCUACGAGCCAGAUCGCGUUGCGGAACCGUGGCGCGCGGCCCUGGACGAAGAGCUUACAGCGUACGUGGCGGCACAUUACAAGCACGGCGCUAGCCUUGUGGUGGGGCGCACGCUCGAGUCGGGCGCCGUGUCGCUCGUCGCCUGCAUCGAGGACCACCAGUUCCAGCCCAAGAACUACUGGAACGGCCGCUGGCGCUCGGUGUGGUCGCUGACCGUGGGCGGCGGCGCCGCCGAGCUGCGCGGCGUGCUACGCGUGCAGGUGCACUACUACGAGGACGGAAACGUCCAGUUAGUCAGCUCGAAAGAGGUCCGUGCGCCCAUAGUCGCUAAUAGUGAGACUGCGACCGCUAAGGAGUUCGUGAAACUGGUCGGCGAGGCCGAGAAUGCGUACCAGACCGCGAUAUCCGACAACUACAAGACAAUGAGCGACACUACAUUCAAGGCGCUGCGACGACAGCUGCCCGUGACGCGCAGCAAGAUCGACUGGGCGCGGCUCGUGUCGUAUUCCAUUGGCAAGGAGCUAAAGAGCCAAUGAUGUCUCGCUGCUGCGCUCUGAGCCGCAGCGGGCGCUCCGCGUCUCUGUACAUAUUCGCGUAAGAAUAAAUCUUGUUCAGAUGUUUACGGGCUCCGGUUCUCCGGUGCGUAUUUAUCUAUAAUUAUAUAGAGAAAUCGCUAUCGUAACUGUUAAAUUUUAUUGCAUUUUGUUACUGAAAGCAAGGUAACUGACAGUUUUGAGUGACUGAUUGUCUUGUACUGUCUUAAUUUGGUAAUGGUUGCAAGAAAAUUCUAAGGCUUAUGGUACUACGAUGAUUUAAAUGUUAGUAUUCGUACUAAAGACCUGUAGAGAUCGUACUGACAUAGCAUAUAAAUAACAAGGUCAGACUGUCACGUAGUGUCUGCCAUUUCAUGACUAAAAAUUCGAUUUAAUUUGUUCGUUAGGCAAUGAGCAUAAAAGGCAACUAGAAAUCAACCUUAUUAGCUAUGAAUGAAGCUAGCCAGAAAUGUCACAUUUAGGUAUUACCUGCCAGUAUGACUCAUAUGGUGGGUCAUCAAUUAAUCUUCGAUUGUAUAUGAUUAUGUCUAUAAUUUACUUGUAAUGUUUGCUUUAAUACUUCAGAUUAUUUUUGUAAACUAUCAAAUAGGUAGAAAAGAUACCCCUAAUAACCAGUGAUUAGUGUUUUGGAUGCCACACUGCGAUAUAUCAAAUUGAAAUAAUAAUAUGGCCUAUAAGCCCGUGAUACCUUUUAAACAGCUCGAAAAAAAUGCUAUUUAAAUGUAGGUAACGGGUUACUGAUGUAUUACCGUUUUUUUUUGCCAAAUUUUCAUAUCCCAAACCCCAAACUAUCUUUCCCAAAAAUUUAAAACCCAACUAAUCAUUUCCCAACUUUACAUAAUCCAACCUAACCUAACCCAACCUAGUACGUAAUUUUCAUUUCCCAACUAUGGGGUUGGGAAAUGAAAUGGUUGCGAAAUAAUUAUAUGGGAAAGAUUGAGUUGACAAACGUGCAGUUAGUAAAGUUUGGUUGGGAAAUGAAAUUUGGUCAAAAAAAAAUCGGUAAAAUAAAGGGAUCCGAUAGGUAACAUAUUCAUCAUACUCACGAGUGGUAACCAAAACCCCGGUCGCUGCUAAUAACAAUGCUUUUAGUUCAAACAUAAUUCCACAGAUUCCACUAACAGAGUUUUGUGUGUUUAACAUUAUAGAAAAGCUUAAAGUUAAAGACCUAACUCUUUGGAGUAUGUCACAUGUAACUGAGAGCCAAAAGUAAAUAAAAUUUAAUGCUUCUAAAGUAAAAGUUGGAUCUUUACAGGGCUGGACGAUGGUGAGGACAGAAACUUAUUGUUAUGUGAGCAAUAUGAACAAAAUCUUCAAUUAAUUAAUGCAAAUGGUCAUUGUAUUUUUUUAUUAUAUCCAAUUGUAUAGAGCAUACCUAAUUAUUUCAUAUUUUUAACAUGUUAUUGCACAGCAAAAGACAUCAAAGCCAAGAGAUUUACAGUUGUUUCUAAGAAAAUUUCAAAGAACACAAAACAUUGAGUUAGAUAGUUUGAAACUCCAUUUUACCCUGUAAUGUUUGGUCACAUAAUCUAUUAAGUUUUUUUUUCUUAAAUGUAUAACCUGCCCAGUUUUAAACAAUUUGGUAUUGAGAAAUUAUACCCUUGAUCUUUUACAAAAUUAUGGCAUUUUAAGAGGUUAAUGUUGCUCGCAUGACAGGGCCUACAGAGAGUAUAGAAGUUCAAACUUUUGUCUAUUUUCCUCUAUUGCUUGAAUAUGCAAGAGUGACAGAGAUUGUUGAUUCUUGAAUUUCAAUGUUUUCGGUAGCCCUACACAGCAAGGAGCUAGGGAUAGUUUAAAUGGUGCAUUUAAAUAUAGUUAAUUUAAAAAAAUGUCCAUGUAGCCACAUUGAGCAGAGCACAUAUUAAUCCGAUAUUUUUCAAUACAACGGGAGAGUUUUGAAUGAUUCACGGUUAGUUUCACUACACUUAUAUUGACCGGGAUAUAUCCCACGGUCAUUCACGUCAUCAUUCAUUCAUUUGUGGUCAUUUCACUGUCUAUAUCCCGGUCAAUAUAAGUCUAACGGGAGAGUUGCUCAAGCGAUGGAACAUUCAGUAAAUUAUUGUCCAUACUUUGCUUCAAGAGUAAGCAAACCUUUUUUUAUAAGUAAUUAUAUGCCAAUAAGGAUUAUUUUGUAAUUAUUAUAAUUAUUUUAAUAAAGAACGUAAAUUUAAAAUUCAAGUAUUCUGUAAUGUAUGAUUGAAUUCAUUUGAAUAAAAAUAUAUAUUAAAAUGUUGCUAACUA